AAUCAUAAAGAGUCGCUGACUCGUGUCACCAUGAGCGAACUUACUCAGCGAAACCAUUUCAGAGGGCAACUUUUUUCGUUUAUCUAUCGGGUCAGAAAUAAUGAUAAGCCGUAAAAUCCCCUUUCUGGGGUUACCUGAAGAGAGGUUAAGUCAAACUAUUGAAGGCGGGGAUUUGGGAAGGGUCUAACCUGCAUGCACAUUGACGAGAGCGUAAAUAUCACUUGAGAUUGACAAAGGCGCUGGCACCAUGAGCAGUAAGAGCUGCAAGAGCUCGUGUGAGCCGGUGCGACCUCACUGGUUCUACCGGCAGCCUGCCGGGGAGAAAGAGCCCUGGCUCCCCCUAAGCUACGAGGACUCACAAAAGCUGGAGGAAGCGCACGUGUGGAGUAAGGAGGUGGGGAGCGAGCGGGACGUGGUGGUGCCAGUCGAGGGCAGACGCUACGACGUGCGCCUGAAGGAGCGCAGCCGCCACGCCGUGUACUGGACCGAGCCGCCCUCCGAGGUCCGGCGGUGCUUAUGGUUCUACAAGGGGAACAAGGAGAGCGCCUACAGCCCUUACAGUGAGAACACCAGCCAGGUUCUGGAGGAGUCCUACCAAACAGCUGUGGCCCAAAAUGAAUGGAAGAAGAAGGUGAUGCUCCCCACAGGAGAGACCGUCUUUCUGCAGAGUCCCAAGAUUAUCACACAGCUCCCGUCCACCCCAGACAAAGACAAACAGCCGGCCUCCCCCACAGAGCCAACCCCGCCGAGGGUGUUGGAGAGAGGGCUGGAGAACAUGCAACUGGACGUGCCCGAAGGGGAGCCUGAGACAGUGGACCACUUGGUGUUCAUGGUGCACGGGAUUGGCCCAGCGUGCGACCUGCGUAUGCGGACUCUGAUACAGUGUGGUGAGUCUCACACACACCUCCCCUCUGAAAGCCCCACGCCACCCCCCACCAGGACUCUAGUGCAUAGUGUGAAUGACUUCCGCAGUGUGUCUCUGUGUCUGAUCAACUCCCACUUCCGUCAGACGGCAGAGGGUCCGUGUCAGAUGGGCCGCGUGGAGUUCCUUCCCAUCACCUGGCACGCCGUGCUGCAUGAAGACACCGGCGUGGACAAAGACAUGGAGCGGAUCACGCUGCCCAGCAUCAGUCUGCUGCGUAAGUUUGGGAACGACACCAUCCUAGACGUGCUCUUCUACAACAGCCCCAAGUACUGCCAGGUCAUCGUGGACGCGGUCGCCACGGAGAUCAACCGGCUGCACCGACUCUUCCUCCAACGGCAUCCAGACUUCACCGGAGCCGUCUCCCUGGCUGGCCACAGUCUAGGUUCUCUCAUCCUGUUUGACCUCCUGACCAAUCAGAAGACAGACGCUGAUGAAGUGAUGGCCGAGGAGUCAGAGAGCAGCGGUCAGUCAGAGUCAGGCGCCUCUGAGCCUCAGGUUGGCGGGCCUGUAAGCCUGGAGGACGUCCUGGUGGGGAGGGGGCUGGAGGAUCACUUCCGAGUUCUUCACCGGGAGCAGGUGGACACAGAGUCCCUGCUUCUCUGCUCAGAAAAUGACUUGAAGGACCUCGGAAUUCCUCUAGGACCUCGCAAGAAAAUUUUGGACUUGGCAAAGAAAUGGAAGCGUUCUAGAGCAGGGACCUCUCCGCCGGUUCUGAACGGGCCGGCGGCCCAGGAGGGUCUUACGCAACACUGGACACACAUCCCAGAAUGUUCCAAUGCCACCUCUAUCAGCUACCAGUGUUCCAACGUGGGCAUUGGACAGGUGUCCGUGAACUACCCCCAGCUGACCUUCUGCCCGCAGGCCUUCUUUGCUCUGGGCUCGCCCAUCGGAAUGUUCCUGACCGUCCGAGGGCUGAAGAAGAUCGAUCCGGGCUACAGCCUGCCCACCUGCAAGAGCUUCUACAACAUCUACCAUCCUUAUGACCCUGUGGCUUACCGGAUCGAGCCCCUGGUUCUGGCGGGAGGUGUGGAGCUACCCCCUGUGCAGAUACCCCAUUAUAAGGGCCGGAAGAGGAUGCAUCUCGAGCUCAAAGACGGCCUGACGCGGGUGAGCUCUGAGCUGCUGGGUUCUAUUCGCACUGUUUGGCAAGUGUUCUCUCAGGUACCCAACUCAGCGCUGCCCCUGGUGGGUGGAGUAAGCGAUGCAGCCCUCAACACGUCCUCAGACUCCCAAGAUGACAGAAUGGAAGUCCAGACUGUUGCUGGAACUGGACCGGAAGCUCUGAGGAAGGACGUUAAGGUUGGAAUGCUCAAUGGAGGAAGGCGCUUUGAUUACGUCCUGCAGGAAAAGCCUAUCGAGAUCUUCAACCAGUAUCUUUUUGCUAUUCAGAGCCAUCUGUGCUACUGGGAGUCCGAGGACACGGUUCUGCUGGUUUUGAAAGAAAUCUACGAGAGGCAGAAAGCGGCCACACUGCAGCAGCCAGACCCAGUCAUGUGACGCGCUGCUAUGCAUGGUCACUUCCACCAGCAUCAGAGUCAUUAUUUAUAUUGACAUGUUUACAUGACUACAUGCAGUGUAGCUGGCCAGGUGCUGACUUUGUGAAUCGCAACGUAUGUGUCAAGACAGCUGGGUCAUCUCAGGAGAAGUUCUGGCCAUGGAUCUUGGACUGACACGGAACCAGUGUGUGGGCUGAACGUGUCACUGUCGAUGCUCUCUGCGUCUGGAGUGUGUCUCAAUGCUGGCUUUGAGGCACCCAACCUAUCCCCAUCCCUUACUUACACUCUGAUCUUACAUGUAUUUAUUAUCUGUAAACUGCUGGUUGAUCCCCCACACUCCAGCUCUAACAUGCUGCUGAGAUAAAGGAGACCUCAAAAUUG